CUAAUCCUUAGCUGGUAGAAGACAGGACGUUCACCUCCAGUGUGAUGGCUGACAAGGAGCUCGCCAGAGUGAGAGGGAGAUUUGUGGAAAAAGUCUCCAAAGCUUUAAUCAAGCAGCUGCUGGACGACUUGUUGGAAGACCGCUUGUUGAACGAUGGGGAGACCGACUCUGUGCUGGAGGACAACACGGGGAAGGCGGACAUGGCCCGCUGCCUCAUCGACAUGGUGAGGAGGAAAGGGGACAAAGCCAGCAGGAAGAUGAUGGAACACCUGGAGAACAGAGACCCUACACUUUACUCCGAACUCGGCCUCACCUGCAAGCCAGCUCCAGUUCCAGCUCCUCAGAACCAGCAGGCCUGGUCAAACUCCCUCGUCACCACGACCGACUCCUUCUGGAACGAGAAACGGAAAUCUAAAGAUGUUUAUGCCGUGUCAGAUGAGUCCCUCAGAAGUCGUGUGGCCCUUUUAAUCACUAAUAGAAACUUUGCUAAUGCGAGUUUAACCAGAAAGGGAGCCGAGAAAGACGAGGAGAACAUGGAGAAACUGCUGAGAUCCCUGGGAUACGAGGUGGUGAAGCACAACGACCUCACCGCACAGAGGAUGAAUGAGGUCCUGCGCACUUUCACAGAGCAUCCGAAGCUGAGGGACACCGACAGCGUGUUUGUGGUGAUCAUGUCUCACGGGAAACGCGAAUUUGUCCUUGGGGUCAACCACAGCGAGGAAAAACCAGACGAAUUCCCCGUCGACAACAUCUACAAAUGCCUGGGUCCGCAGGAAUGCCCUGCCUUGAUGAACAAGCCCAAGAUCAUCAUCAUCCAGGCCUGCAGAGGAGAGAGGGGUGGAUCCGUGAUGGUCAGUGACAGCGCCUCGGCUAAGGUGGUUUCUGACGACGUGUCGCAGCAACUUCCUGCUAAUGCAAGCGGCAACAUUGUUGACGAUGCUGUCCGACACGUCCACAAAGAAAAGGACUUCAUCUCCCUCCUGUCCAGCACUCCGGACACCGUCUCGUACAGAAGAGAGGAUUUGGGCUCCUUCCUGAUACAGUACAUCGCUGAGGUCUUCAACACCUGCUCCCACGAGGACGACAUCGACGAGCUUUUCAGGAAGGUCAUGCAGCGAUUUGAGGAGUUUCCCGAUGACACCAAAAGACAAAUGCCAACAAAAGACAGAUGUACUCUAACGAAGCGCUUCUACAUUUUUCCAGAUAAGGAGCUUUCCAAUGUCCGCAGCAAAUUUGUGGAGAAGGUGUCAAAGUCGGUGCUCAAGCAGCUCCUGGACGACCUUUUGGACGAUCGUUUGUUGAACGAUGGCGAGGUGGAAUCUGUGCUUGAGGACAACACCACCAAAGCAGACAUGGCGCGCUGCCUCAUCGACAUCGUGAGGAAGAAGGGCAAAAGAGGCAGCCAGAUGCUGAUCGACCACAUUAAAACCAGAGAUGAAAUGCUGCACUCCGAGCUGUUCCCCGAUUCACAAGAACAACCGGAUGCAGCUCCUCCGACACAGAAAACCUGGUCAAACAGACUCAUCCCCGUGUCUGACUCCGAGAGGACGAAAAAAAUGAGUGAUCCAGACAUUUACAAAGUGUCCGAAAAGUCUCUGAAAAGCCGUGUGGCCCUUUUGAUCACCAACAGAAACUUUACUGACGAAGACUUAACCAGAAAGGGAGCUGAGAAGGACGAGGAGAACAUGUUGAAUCUGCUCAGAUCCCUGCAGUACGAGGUGGUGAGGCACAACGACCUCACAGCAAAGGGCAUCGAAAAGGCUCUGCGUGAAUUCACCACACACCCCAAACUGAAAGAAACAGACAGCGUGUUUGUGGUGAUCAUGUCUCACGGAAAACGGGGACUGGUACUCGGAGUCGACCACAGGCAAGACAAACCAGACGAAUUCCCCGUUGACAAAAUCUACAAAUAUCUCGGCCCACAAAAAUGCUCCGCACUGAUGGACAAACCCAAGGUCAUCAUCAUCCAGGCCUGCAGAGGAGCUUUGGAAGGAGCCGCCAUUGUUAGCGACAGCGCGAAACCCAGCGUGGUGUCUGACGAGGCGUCGUACCGGCCACCCUCUCCCCAAGGCGGCAUCGUUGAAGACUCCAUUCGAUACGUUCACAAGGAAAAGGACUGCAUUUCCCUCCUGUCAAGCACGCCUGAUACCGUGUCAUACAGAAGAGAGGAUUUGGGCUCCUUCCUGAUUCAGUACAUUGUUGAAGUCUUCAACACCUACUCCCACCAGGAUGACAUUGAUGAACUUUUCAGAAAAGUCAUGCAGCGCUUCGAAGACUUUCCUGAUGAAACCAAAAGACAAAUGCCAACAAAAGACAGAUGUACUCUAACCAGGCGCUUCUACCUUUUUCCAGGCCACUGAGACAACAUUUGAUAAAUCCAUCUAUUGUUACUUACUUUUUUUAAUAUCUACCUAAUAGUUUGUACUUAAACUGGAAAUUAGCCCCAUUUUUAUUUUACAGAGGAAAUCAUGAGCUUAACUUCACUGUCCUGCAGAGAAAUAUAUAUAUAUAUAUUUUAAAUAACUUUGCAUAACAAAUAAUCAAAAAGAACAUUUAAGAAAAACACCCUGAGAAAACGUGGUUUGAAAAGGAUAACCUCCAGCCCAUUUUGCCAAGAUGUAAUAUAGCUCACAUGUAUUCUCAAUGGGUCAAAUGUGAAUCUCCAAACAGCUUCACUAAAAUAUAAAUGUAAUCCAAUUUCUUUGCAUUUCACAGAUGAGAAAUGUUGGCAUCAAAAACCUCUGAGUUGAUCCCAGUUGGUCUGAACUGGGAUUAGACCAACUGAUCCUUUUACAAUCAUUGCAAAAUGAUUGUAAAGUUUCUUUAGGAGCUCGGAGCCACCGAACUCACUACCAUUUGUCUUGUGGGGAAAAAAAGCUGUUCAUAAAAGUUUCUGUUUAUGUGAAAUAACAUUUUGUUUUCCAAUAAAAACCCGACUCCAGUUCUGCGUGCAAGAAAUUGCAAAUGAACAUAAAAAUCUGACAGCCAGCUGUUCAAACAGAUCUGGUUCAUUUUGAGAAUAAGCAUACAGUAAGUCCAAGUUGUUGACACAGUGGAUUAAUUUCAGUGAUACGAGGAAGAUGCUGCCUCCGUUUAGUCAACCUGGUUUGACCAGAUAUCUAAGCAGCCAAUCAGACGACAGUUUGCAGCAUCACAAAAGUCGAUGCAGCUGCUUAAUAAAAAAAAACAUGGAAACAACGAGAAUUACAUAGAAAGUUGAUUGAAGGAGAUUCUUUUCUGCAUCAAAAACACACAGAGGUUUUAGAAAUAAAGCGUUUUUAGCGCUGGCUCAGCAGAUAGAAAAUAUCUGUGUAUGUCUGUGUCUCGUUCAUUUUUGGUUAAAAUUCAGCCACCUUCAGUAAAUUAAAACAAGGUUUUUGAUGAGGUCCGUUCAUCAGAUUAAAAGUGCCUUUUGAAAAUAACAACCUUUAAUCUCACAUUAAACAUUCCUUUUAAUAUGA